GGUUUUUACGUACAUAAAAAAGUAUCAAUGAUAAUGAGAAAUGUUUGUGGACUUUAUGAUACUUGUAUGUUUAUAAAAAUUUAAACAUUCAAAUGUGAUUGGAUUUAAUGAUAUUUUAUUAAUUAAUUUUCAUAUGAAGUGAUCACGGAUUUAAAAUCACUGCUGUAUGUGUAUUAAGAUUCUUAUUUUGACAUAAAAGCGUGUGCUAUCUAUUAAACUUGUGUUAUAUACAAAAUAAUGACUGAAACGUCUAACAAAAUAAUCAGUGCUGAAAUUUUAUUGACACCCGAGGCGUGACCUAUUGGCAGUGUUGCCUGAAAGCAAGGCCACAGGCGAUUGGGUGAAUGCUGGGUACCGCCCUCUAUUGAGUGCUACCCAAAACGCAGUCAACAAUGUCCACAGAGUUAAGUCCCGUAGUGGAGAUAAUCCCACUAGAUUCGGUUAGCAGUGUUGGGGAUGAAAAUAUAGGAGUUGAGAACGGGGUGGUCCGAUCUAGUAGCGGGGUAUUGACAGAGUUAGACAGGGUUUCCCCUAGUUAUUAUCUAAAGAGGGAAAAUAUGCCGACGGCCUAUGGCCUUUUGGAUCAAAAUGGAAAUACGACAACGACGGAAAACGACAUUGAGGAACGGCGUGAUGUGUUGGGUUCCCACACUGGCCUUGGACAGCUUGUGGCCACCGUCUCCACGGCCGCCUCGUUUCCGCCUGCGCCUCGCCUUUCCCACACGCCGACUUCCGACUUCCAGCCGCCAUACUUCCCGCCGCCUUACAACCCAAUCUCCCAGCAGCCGGUGGAGUUCCACCCUCACCACGUGAAUGCAGACCCUUACGCCCACCUUGGGGGUUUCCAGACGCCGCAGCAGCACUACCACCAACUCCAGGACCGAAAUGUCCUCCGCCACCGCGAUGACAUCCACAACAUGGCGGGUGGCCUCCAGUCACAUGACCGAAACCGGAACGAGUAUGGCACAAUGUCGCGGACGGAUCUCCUGGUCCCGCGGGCACCUCUGUCCAUCGGAUACGGGGAGGCGGAUCCUGGGAUGCUCUCUCUGCACGCCGGAAAUAUGAUGGAUGAUGGAGGACAGGGAAUGGACGACACAGCUGCCUAUAUGGACCAAAACCAGUCCGUCAUAAGAAAAGGUAUACGACCUAAACUUGAGAACGGCAAGCAGUUGAUGAUAACGACGAAUCUGAUCGGAAGUUCCCCCACGGACGUGUUCUGUUCAGUGCCCGGCCGCUUGUCGCUUCUGUCCUCCACCUCAAAGUACAAGGUCACCGUAGCGGAAGUGCAGCGGCGUCUGUCACCCCCGGAAUGUCUCAACGCCUCCCUGCUUGGGGGAGUCCUUAGAAGGGCCAAGUCAAAGAAUGGCGGACGAUCGUUACGAGAAAAGCUGGACAAAAUGGGAAUGAAUCUUCCCGCCGGUCGUCGGAAGGCGGCGAAUGUUACACUGUUAACAUCUCUAGUCGAAGGCGAAUCUAUCCGGCUGGCCCGGGACUUCGGGUACCUUUGUGAGACAGAGUUUCCGUCGCGUCAGUGUGCGGAAUACAAUACCCGACAGUAUGCCGACCCUGCCGACCAGAUGACACGAAAAAACAUGAUUCUUGCCACAAAACAAAUCUUGAAAGAAUUGAUGGACCUUUUAAAUCAGGACCGAUCACCACUUGGCAACACGAGACCUCAAAUGAUAUUGGAGCCAAAUAUCCAAAGACAUCUUUCACAUUUUAGUCUCAUAACACAUGGUUUCGGAUCCCCGGCAGUGGUCGCCUCCCUUACUUCAGUGCAAAACUAUUUAAACGAAAUGUUGAAAAUCAUGGACAAAAGUUACGCUACGCAAAAUGGCAUGGACCCUAAAAAGACCGAAAAGGACGAGUGAUGUUUAGCUGAAAUAGUGCUCCUUUGAGUUUAGGAUUUCUUACCAGCAAUGUCAUCUUAAGAGGAUCCGGGAUGUCUAGUUAUGACGUUAUAUGGUGAUGGGUAAAGCCAUUGUGUGAAGGGGACCCACAAAGCUUAUAAUACAUGCGUAUACCUUUGCUAUGUGUGUCAAUCUGUAUUCCUUCCGGUUGUUCAGUGUAAUUUCAAAGCGAAAUCCUUUUGGAAACCCAAUCACGUGUAUAUGUGUACACAAUCUGAUGACGUAAGCUGAUUUUGUGCUCCAUUUAUGGUCACGUGAUACAGAAUUGAUCGCGUGAUCUGGAAAUCAAAAGGUUAAUGAAAUGUAAAUGGCGAUUGAUCGAUUUUGAGUUGAUCAGCAGCGGAAAUGUGAUCAUUUACAUUAAUAAUCGCGAUUUGCGGAAUGAUUUAUGCUUGCGCAUUGACAUGAAGGUAUUCCAGGCGUUUUGCAUAUCCAUGGCUGUAUUUAUAACAGUUUAAUGACUUACACUUUAUUAAUUUAAUGAUGAUUAACAUAUAUGUUGGUGAAAUCCAGUGUUUCAAGAUUUCAAUGUUAUAUAUUCAUAUAUAUAUUAUAGAAAGAUAAAGAUUUUGUAUUUAACAAUGAAAGUGCGAUUUUUGGCACGGGAUGAAACAACUUGGAAACCAUCAAAUGUGCUAAAUGUAGUAUUCACAUUGGGCCAAUUGUUCAGAACGUUGUUAAAGUUAACAACGUUGUUAACGGCUUCGUUAUUAUCUUUAAAAGAUGCAAUAUUUUAUGAAUAGCUAAUAUACUUGCGUAAAACAAGUACAGCUGAAACAGUUGUCUAAAUUACUGCAAAUCACCGAUGUAUUAUUUAACUCUUCCAGUACAGAAACGCAUUAAAGGUCACAGCGAUGACGUUAACAACGUUGUGAACUUUUUCAAUUUUUCUGAACAAUCGGCCGAAUGUUGUUAUUUAAACAACAUGAAUAACCAUUUAUGUCUUAAGAUAUGUUUGCGUCCGUCUGUUUCACGACCGACUUAAGAUCGCAUUUUCAUUGUUUUAUAAAUCAAGAAUAAAUCGUGAUUUGAAGAAUAAGUAUUACAAGUUGUAACAUAUUUGAAAGGACAUAUUUUUAUUCUUCGAAACUAAAACCGCAGUUGCGGUAUCAUUUAUUUCAAACUGUAUGUACAGAAUAUUACCAUACAUGUUCUAUUUAUUACUUCUUUUUUCAUUUUGUAUUUUACUCCUAUUAUUGUAACCAACAUUUUUCAUAUCACUAUUCAUAGGUAACAGUUGUUUACAUUUAAAAAAUGAUCAGGAUUUUUGGUUAAAAUCCCCAUAAAAAAUCCCAAUUCAUUAUCAUCAGUUUAUUUUUAAGUUAUAUUGGUGCUUUUAUUUGUAAAUUUUGAUUGUUUUGUUUUGUAUAAAAUCACAUGUCAAAAUGACUUCUAGUCCGGAUACGCGCAUCAAUAGUUCAAUGCUAGACUGGUUUAAACACAUGUUACUAUAAAUAGCAUGCGUUAGGGCAAUGUUGCAUUUAGCUUUUUACAUUCACAUGAUUUACGCAACUUUGCAUUUGUUGAAAAAAAAAACGUUUUUAAACCAUUCGGAGCUCCUCGGCCAUUUUUAUCGAAAACAACCUCGGAUGUAUUUGGGCGGUUUACAUACUCAAAAAGUGGUACGUUUAAGUCCGCUGCAAGUAGAUCGCGUAGUGAUUUUAUUUAGCAGUUAAACUUUAUGACUUUACUCCUGGAAAACUUAAUUAUGUUUGCAAUAAUAUACUUCACAAGCAAUCAAUUUAAACUUAGAUCAAUAAAUACAAUUCUAAAACACUACAUUUCAUAAAUGAUAUAAUUCAAAAAUUUACGAACUACUUCAACUGAUGUACCGGCAUACAUCAGAGGUUGUUUUCGAUAAAAAUGGCCGAGGAGUUCCGAAUGUUUUUAUACAUACCAAUAGUUAAAACUGUAUUUCUUACAUCAUACGCACGCAUCUAUGAGUGAUAUGUUUGUGUUUAAACAUUUUAAAUCUAGAAUACGAAGGUGUUUUUUUUUCAAGAAAUAUUUCUGUUUUUGUCUACUGGUCCAGCCCCUGUUUAAAUAUACCGAUUCAAAUCAAAGACGACUAACUGCUGUUUUUCGUAAAUUAGUGUACGGCAUAUUUGAAAAAAGCUGACAGCCCAUUGGACAAAAUAUAAUUAUGAACACUAAGUGAAAAACAAUCUCUUUAUGGUUGUAAUUGCCUAUUGAAUUCGAUAUCAUUUUCAACUGAACACAAGAAGAAAAUAUUAAUUCCCAAAAUGCUGAAUGAAAAAUUAUUUUAAGAAUUUAAAGUAAUAAGGAUUUCAUUUUUCCCUAAAAUGAGAUUAUUAACGAGAAGUUUGUUUUUGAAUCGAGAAUUAUGUAUAAUUGUGUGCAAUGAUUAUUUUGUCAUUUAUAUGUUAUGUGGUAAAAUUAUUAAAUUCCAUUUGAAUAU